UCGAGGUCUCCGCCGGGGACUAUAUAAAUAAAUAGCGGGUGAGCAGGGUUGGCUCGCGCUCAGACUGAGGUGUUCGCGCUUCUCCUUCAGCGCCAGCGUAGAGCUCUUGGAACGGGUCGCUGAGCCGCGUGCGUCGCUCCCGCUUUCCUGCGCCAUGUCCGGCCGUGGUAAGGGCAGCGGCAAGACCCGCGCUAAGGCUAAAUCUCGCUCGUCCCGCGCCGGGCUGCAGUUCCCCGUGGGGCGCGUGCACCGGCUGCUGCGGCGCGGCCACUACGCGGAGCGAGUUGGCGCGGGCGCGCCGGUGUACCUGGCCGCCGUGCUCGAGUACCUGACGGCGGAGAUCCUGGAGCUGGCGGGUAACGCGGCGCGGGACAACAAAAAGACGCGCAUUAUCCCGCGGCACUUGCAACUCGCGGUGCGCAACGACGAAGAGCUCAACAAGCUGCUGGGUGGUGUCACCAUCGCGCAGGGCGGAGUCCUUCCCAAUAUCCAGGCUGUGCUGCUGCCCAAGAAGGCGGGCGGCGGCGGCGGAGCCGGGCCGGCCAAGAGCGGCAAGAAGGGGAGCAGCCAGCAAUCGCAGGAAUACUAAGGCCGGCCCCGCGCCGCCGGCGAAGCCUCCCCUCCCUCGCCCCCAUGGCCCUUUUCAGCGCCGCCCACAGGGCUCAGCCGAAGGAGCUGCGGAUCCGUAGCGGGCUCGUGGGCGGGGACAGCGCGAGGCCCCCGCGCCUUAAGCUGGGUUGAGAGAGUCGGGCUUUUCGCGAAAGGGGAGCGGAGGUUAGAGGCGCAACAGCCCCUUCCCCGUGGGGAAACUGCCUGGGGUCCGGCUGUCCGUUGUACGAAGCGGGGGGAGCCCAGCCUAACGGUGCGCACGUGCCUUGAGAAUUAACUCAG